AUUUUGAACUUAAUCUUGGGCAACCUUGAAGCCUUCUACAAGUAAGGCCAGCCGCUUCGAUUCAAAUUAACCACAAAAUUAAAUCAGUUUACUUCAUAAAGUGAUACACUUAAUACUGGAACUGUAUUCUUUAAUGCAAAAAUGGAUAGACAGACUUUUGGUGUGUUUUUCGCUAUUACAUUAUUAGCGCAUGGAUUCUGCCUUCCAUCACAUAUUAGAAUGAGAAGACAAGAAAGUACUUCGACAGAUACAACCGAGUUACCAUUGACUGUGAAUGAUGAAGAUACAGAAGACAAGGAUGCCAUUACUGUUAAGGAGUCAUAUCCCGUAUCCGUCCCCAUCGACCCGAGCGAUGAUGAUAUUGAUGACCUGACCCCCGCACCAGCGUCUUCUGGAGACGGAAGCAGUAUAUUCAGCAUAUUUCACCUACUAGGUGCUGUUCUUCCAAGUUCAAUCCUUGCAAGCAGCAACGAAGGCGCGGAAUCUACGGCGCCAUCUAUAUUUUGGACCCUUAAACUGGACGUUUUACGCGCCCUCGUUCAAUUUACAACUAGUUUCCUGGGACUGGCUUCGUCUAGCGCUUUUCAACAUAGUGCCCAAUAAGCGCCUUUAUCAUAAUAAAAGUUAUGGAUAGCAA